UGACAUUUUGAUUGUUUAAGACUGAUAGCCAUGUAUUAAAACGUGUUUAAUGAAAGAAAUCCACACCUUUUUACGGAUGGUACUAUUGAGCUGGAUCUAACUGAUCCUUAAUCGAAAAAGAAUAAAGACUCAGCUCAUCCGUUUCCACACCCAUUUUAGACAAUGGUGAGGACCUGUUUGGUUUAUUUUGGUAGACAAGGGCAAAUGGUCAAAUUAUAGUUGUUUUGGUGCGAAAUGGCAAGGUUUUUGAGACCCGACGUUAGGAGUCUACUCACCACACAGCUAAGGAUGACAUCUAACCAGCUGGGUGAGUUGGGCAAAGGUGCAGGGAAAGGAGGGGGUGGCGGAGGAUCUGUCAGAGAGGCAGGAGGAGCCCUUGGAAAGAAACAGGCUGCAGAGGAGGAAAUGUACUUCAGACGUAAAGAGCAGGAACAGUUGGCUGCACUGAAGCAGCACCACCAAGAGGAGAUUGAUCACCAUAAGAAGGAGAUUUCGAGGCUGCAGAGCGAGAUUGACCGUCACAAGGGGAAAAUUAGAAAGCUGAAUCAUGAUGAUUGAGACUCACUCUAUUUGAAUGAAGCUCAGGGAUUCUUUAUUGCCAACCCCUAGAUAUUGCCUGCAUUGCCUCUCUGGGCCAGCUCUGUGUAUGUGUGAUUAAUUGUUCUGUAUAUGCUAAAGGUUAUUAAAACAAUUAUUUGAAAUGUUA